AUGGCCUACUUCGGUUGGGACCUUGCGAAGGCCGUGGGUGAACCUGUAAGUUGGGGUUGCACCCCAUCUCCCAGAAGGGUAAAAACUGACGCAAUGGAAAAUUAUAAAGUAAAUAUGGACCACCCCGACCUCUCACAGGAGUCGGGGAGAAGCCAGAAUCCCUCCUCUUCGGCUCGGCCCGACGAUCGCCGAGUCGUCUCUAGUAAUCUGAACGUCGCCGAGUCAUCUGAUUUUGACUGUCCACUUUGUGGGCGGUCUUUCAAAACCAAGACGGGGCUUGGAGUCCACAAGGGUAGGCCCACCCCGCAGAGGCAAAUGUGGAGGCUGCUCCGAAACGGG